GAGCCCGGGCUCCCAGCGGCAAGGUGAGGCAGAGCUGCGCUCCUCGCUGAACGCGGGCGGAGCUCGGCGGCUGCGGGGGAGACGCGCCGGAGCCCAGACCGCGACCGAGAGCGGGAGCUAGGCGGGCGGCGGCGGAGGGGGAGCCCGCGAGCCGCCGGGCGGAGAGCCCAAGCCGCGCUGUCGCCGCGCAGGGACGACUUGGCCAACACACUCUCUCUCACACACACACACACACACACACCCAGCCCGAGCGGGCGCUCGCGGCGAACCGUCAACAUGGCGCUGGGGCUCUUGCCCGAGCGCGGGCGGCAGCGGCGGCGCGGGAGCUACUGAGCCAGGCGGAGUCCAGUCCAGCUGCGGGAGCCCGGAGGUUCGCGCGGGGCUGUCGCCACCUGCCCUGAGGCUCCGAGCCCGCCCCGCCCCGCCCCACCCCCACGCGGCUGAGAGCCCACCCCUCGGCGGGGCCGACCCCGAGGGCAGCCGGCUGGCAGCAGACGGCGAGGGAGGCGAGGGAGCGCGGCGCCCUGAGCGGGCUGCGGGCAGCCGGGGACGGCAAACUUUGCUGCUCGCUGCGCUUCCCCGGCCCGGCUCCUUCUCCGCUCCUUAGCGUCGCCUGCCCCCGACCCCGCACACCACUUCCCACCCAGCCAGCCGCCCCUCGCUCCUCCUCGCCGCCUCGACUCUGCUCCGGGGAAAACUUCAAAGCGCCGGAUCGCAGGCUCCCUGCCUACUCCCCGACUGGGGAUUUCAGACUAGACGCUUGAAGCCAAGCUGCCAUCCAAGAGGACGACAUGCUUUCAGCAACCCCCCUGUAUGGGAACGUUCACAGCUGGAUGAACAGCGAGAGGGUCCGCAUGUGUGGGACUAGCGAAGACAGGAAAAUUCCUGUAAAUGAUGGUGACGCUUCAAAAGCCAGACUGGAACUGAGAGAAGAGAAUCCCUUGAACCACAACGUGGUGGAUGCGAGCACGGCCCAUCGGAUCGAUGGCCUGGCCGCGCUGAGCAUGGACCGCAGCAGCCUCAUCCGGGAAGGGCUCCGGGUUCCUGGAAACAUUGUCUACUCCAGCUUGUGUGGACUGGGCUCAGAGAAGGGGCGGGAGGCCGCCACCAGCACGCUCGGAGGCCUUGGGUUUUCUUCCGAGAGAAAUCCAGAGAUGCAGUUCAAACCGAAUCCGCCCGAGACCGUGGAGGCCUCCUCCGUGUCCGGAAAAGCCCCCAACGGCUUCAGUGCUAUAUACAAAACACCGCCUGGGAUACAAAAAAGUGCUGUAGCCACUGCAGAGAGCCUGGGCUUGGACAGGCCUGCCAGCGACAAGCAGAGCCCUCUCAACGUCAAUGGUGCUAGUUACCUGCGGCUGCCCUGGGUCAACCCUUACAUGGAGGGGGCCUCGCCAGCCAUCUACCCUUUCCUCGACUCGCCAAAUAAGUAUCCACUGAACAUGUACAAGGCCUUGCUACCUCAGCAGCCCUACGGCCUGGCGCAGCCGCUGUACUCCCCCGUCUGCACCAACGGGGAGCGCUUCCUCUACCUGCCGCCGCCUCACUACGUCAGCCCCCACAUCCCGUCGUCCCUGGCCUCCCCCAUGAGGCUGUCCACGCCUUCGGCCUCCCCGGCCAUCCCGCCUCUGGUCCACUGCACAGACAAGAGCCUCCCGUGGAAGAUGGGUGUCAGCCCCGGGAACCCCGUCGAUUCCCACGCCUACCCCCACAUCCAGAACAGCAAGCAGCCCAGGGUGCCCUCUGCCAAGGCAGUCACCAGUGGCCUGCCAGGGGACACGGCGCUCCUGCUGCCCCCGUCCCCGCGGCCCUCGCCCCGCGUCCACCUGCCCACCCAGCCGGCCGCAGACACCUACUCCGAGUUCCACAAGCACUACGCCAGGCUCUCCACCUCUCCCUCGGUCACCCUGUCCAAGCCAUACAUGACGGUCAGUAGCGAGUUCCCCAUGAGCAGGCUUUCCAAUGGCAAGUACUCCAAAGCUUCCGAGGGGGCGGAGAGCGGCCAGCCGGUGCCCGGGCACACCCGGAAGACCACGAUUCAAGACAGAAAAGACGGGGGCUCACCGCCUCUGCUGGAGAAGCAGACUGUUACCAAAGAUGUCACCGACAAGCCCCUCGACUUGUCUUCUAAAGUGGUGGAUGUGGACGCUUCCAAAGCCGAGCACAUGAAGAAGAUGGCUCCCACGGUGCUGGUCCACAGCAGGGCUGGGAGUGGCCUGGUGCUCUCCGGAAGUGAGAUUCCAAAAGAAACCUUAUCUCCCCCAGGAAACGGCUGUGCUAUCUAUAGAUCUGAAAUCAUUAGCACUGCUCCCUCAUCCUGGGUGGUGCCUGGGCCGAGUCCUAGCGAGGAGACCAAUGGCAAAAGCAUGUCGCUGAAAAACAAGGCGUUGGACUGGGCCAUUCCACAGCAGCGGAGUUCGUCGUGCCCGCGCAUGGGCGGCACGGACGCUGUGAUCACUAACGUUUCGGGCUCAGUGUCGAGCGCGGGCCGCCCGGCCUCUGCAUCGCCAGCCCCCAAUGCCAACACAGAUGGCACCAAGACUAGCAGGAGCUCUGUGGACACCACACCAUCCGUCAUUCAGCACGUGGGCCAGCCCCCAACCACGCCUGCCAAGCACGGCGGCAGCACCAGCAGCAAGGGCGCCAAAGCCAGCAACCCAGAACCGACUUUCAAAGCAAGCGAGAAUGGGCUCCCGCCAAACUCAAUAUUUCUGUCUCCAAACGAGGCGUUCAGGUCCCCCCCGAUUCCCUACCCCAGGAGUUACCUCCCUUACCCGGCCCCUGAGGGCAUCGCUAUAAGCCCCCUCUCUUUACAUGGCAAAGGACCCGUGUACCCUCACCCUGUUUUGUUACCCAACGGCAGUCUGUUUCCUGGGCACCUUGCCCCGAAGCCUGGCCUGCCCUACGGGCUGCCCACGGGCCGGCCGGAGUUCGUGACCUACCAGGACGCCCUGGGGUUGGGCAUGGUGCAUCCCAUGUUGAUACCACACACCCCCAUCGAGAUCACUAAGGAGGAGAAACCAGAGAGGAGGUCCCGGUCCCACGAGAGAGCCCGCUACGAGGACCCCACCCUCCGCAGCCGCUUCUCGGAGAUCUUGGAAGCCAGCGGCAGCAAGUUGCACCCGGAGGCCCCUGCCGACAAGGCCCCGAAGCCCAGCCCGAGCUGGACUCAAGGGAAGACGGUGGUCAAGAGCGACAAGCUCGUCUACGUAGACCUCCUCCGAGAAGAAUCAGAGGCUAAGACCGAGGCCAACGGGUCCAAAGCCGGCUUCGCAGCCGAGAGCGUGGGCCAGAGCGCAGAGCCCGCCAAGCCCCCGGCUGACCCGGGCCUGCAGCAGCACCGAGACUUCAUCGCCCUGAGAGAGGAGCUGGGGCGCAUCGGCGACUUCCACGAGGCCUAUGCUUUCAAACAGGCUCCCGGCCAGCCCGUCUUCAGCGUCGGCAAGGACAGUGUCCCAGCAGGAGCCAACAAAGAGAGCCUAGGAAUGCCGGUCGCCGCCCCAUUCCUGGAGCCGACUCUGGGGAGCGAUGGCCCCACUGUGACUUUUGGUAAAAGCCAAGAGGAUCCCAAACCAUUUUGCAUGGGUGGCGCCCCCCCGAGUGUGGACGCCACCCCCACCUAUACCAAAGAUGGAGCUGACGAGGCCGAAUCCAACGAUGGCAAAGUUCUGAAACCAAAGCCAUCCAAGCUGGCCAAGAGAAUCGCGAACUCGGCGGGUUACGUGGGGGACCGAUUCAAGUGUGUCACUACCGAACUGUAUGCAGAUUCCAGUCAGCUCAGCCGGGAGCAGCGGGCAUUGCAGAUGGAAGGAUUACAAGAGGACAGUAUUUUAUGUCUACCUGCUGCUUACUGUGAGCGUGCAAUGAUGCGCUUCUCAGAGUUGGAGAUGAAAGAGAGAGAAGGUGGCCACCCAGCAACCAAAGAUUCCGAGGUGUGCAAGUUCAGCCCAGCCGACUGGGAAAGGUUGAAAGGAAAUCAGGACAAAAAGCCAAAGUCGGUGACCCUGGAGGAGGCCAUUGCUGACCAGAACGACAGCGAGAGAUGUGAGUAUAGUGCUGGAAACAAACACGACCCCUUUGAAGCCCCCGAGGACAAAGACCUUCCCGUGGAGAAGUACUUGGUAGACAGGCCGCCUGUAAGCGAGCCACCGUCCUCCGAGCAGGGCGCUGCCGAUGUGCCCAGCAGCCCCACCCUCCGGCUGGACAGGAAGCGCAAAGUCUCAGGUGACAGCAGCCACGCUGAGACCACUGCGGAAGAGCUGCCGGAGGACCCUCUGCUGAAGGCCAAGCGAAGGCGGGUCUCCAAAGAUGACUGGCCUGAGAGGGAAAUGACAAACAGUUCCUCUAACCACUUAGAAGACCCACAUUAUAGUGAGCUGACCAACCUGAAGGUGUGCAUUGAAUUAACAGGGCUCCAUCCUAAAAAGCAACGCCACCUGCUGCACCUUAGAGAACGGUGGGAGCAGGUGUCGGCAGCAGAGAGCAAACCUGGCCGCCAAAGCAGGAAGGAAGUGGCCCAGGCGGCUCAGCCUGAGGCCACAGCCCAGGGGAAUAACACCACUGAAGAGAAACCCGCCAGGAAAAGGGCAGAGGCCAAGGGCAACAGAGGCUGGUCGGAAGAGUCCCUCAAGUCCAGUGACAACGAGCAAGGCUUGCCCGUGUUCCCCGGCUCUCCGCCCAUGAAGAGCCUUUCAUCCGGCAAUACGAGCGGCAAAAAGCAGACUCAGCCAAGCUGCACGCCAGCCUCGAGGCCGCCUGCCAAACAGCAGAAAAUUAAAGAAAGCCAGAAGACAGAUGUGCUGUGCACAGACGAGGACUGCCCGGCUGCCGCCCUGCUGCAGAGGUGCCCCGACAGCAGCGAGAAGCCGUCGGGGAAGAGACUGUGCAAGACCAAGCACUUGAUACCUCAGGAGCCCAGGCGCAGCUUGUCGCUGACGGCGGACUACUACGUGGACAACUCGGACGGCAAGGUGACUGUCCGGAGAUUCCGAAAGCGGCCUGAGCCCACUUCGGACUAUGACCUGUCACCAGGCAAGCAGGAGCCAAAGCCCUUCGACCGCUUGCAGCAAUUGCUACCAGCCCCCCAGUCCACGCAGCUGCCACGUUCAAGUUCCCCACAAGAGACCACCCAGUCGCGCCCGAUGCCACCGGAGGCGCGGAGGCUUAUUGUCAAUAAGAACGCUGGGGAGACCCUUCUGCAGCGGGCGGCUAGACUUGGCUAUGAGGAAGUGGUCUUAUACUGCCUGGAGAACAAGAUUUGCGAUGUGAAUCAUCGUGACAACGCAGGUUACUGUGCCCUGCACGAAGCUUGUGCUCGGGGAUGGCUCAACAUCGUCCGACACCUCCUUGAAUAUGGCGCUGAUGUCAACUGCAGUGCCCAGGAUGGAACCAGGCCUCUGCAUGAUGCCGUGGAGAACGAUCACUUGGAAAUUGUGCGACUGCUUCUUUCCUAUGGUGCUGACCCUACUCUGGCCACAUACUCAGGUAGAACCAUCAUGAAAAUGACCCACAGCGAACUUAUGGAAAAGUUUUUAACAGAUUAUUUAAAUGACCUCCAGGGUCGCAGUGAUGACGACUCCAGUGGCACUUGGGAGUUCUACGGCAGCUCUGUGUGUGAACCAGAUGAUGAAAGUGGAUAUGAUGUUCUAGCAAACCCUCCGGGUCCGGAAGACCAGGAUGACGAGGAAGAUUCGUACAGCGAUGUGUUUGAAUUCGAGUUCUCCGAAAGCCCCCUCUUGCCGUGUUACAACAUCCAAGUGUCCGUUGCUCAGGGGCCACGAAACUGGCUAUUGCUCUCCGAUGUGCUCAAGAAAUUGAAAAUGUCCUCCCGCAUAUUCCGCUGCAAUUUUCCCAACGUGGAAAUCGUCACCCUUGCAGAGGCAGAGUUUUACCGGCAGGUUUCUGCAAGCCUCUUGUUCUCUUGCUCCAAAGACCUGGAAGCCUUCAACCCCGAAAGCAAGGAGCUGUUAGAUCUGGUGGAGUUCACCAGUGAGCUCCAGGCGCUGCUGGGCUCGUCCGUGGAGUGGCUGCACCCCAGCGACAUGGUGUCGGAAGACUACUGGUGAGCCGGCGGGCACCCGUGUACAGUGUGCAUAGUGUUAACCUUGUGCAUAUGUGUCAUAGUACGGCUAUUUCUGUAAAGAAAGGACGCUAUUACAUAUGAAAAUAUCUCUUCUUUAUAUAAGAGAAAUUACUCCAGGCAGAAGGACUUAGAAAACCCGUUCUUUUCUUUUUAAUCUUUUCAGUCGGUUUUUACGAAGUUGUUAUAAUGUUUUCUUUACUUUUCCGUGCUUUGAGAUAUGUCUGUUUUUACUUGGAACAUUUGUUUGUUUUCUGUUCUUUUUUUAAGGAGAAACAAAACAAAACAAAACAAAACAAACGAAAAGGAACUCCACACUUUGACUUAAUUUCACACAGAACUCUGGUGACAGAGGCGGUAACCGUGUCACGUGUGGUCAGAACCGUGUGGUUGGUUUGCAGGCGCGAAUUUGGUGAAGGCACUUGGUGAUGUUGAAUCUUUAUGUUUUGUUUACAGAGUACCUGCUCGGGCCAGGUAAAUGCUAUUGGAUGUAAUCCAGUAGUGUGUAAUAUAAAUUCAAACCAUAUCCACACACGACAACUAAUUGUAUGAAACUUUUAUAUCCUAAUUUAAAAGCUGUGAAAUUAGUUUUCACGCAUCAAACCGGAUUGUUUAUAUGUUUAAACAUUUUAUGCUCUUAUUUAAAGAAGACUUUGAGCUAUUUUUUUCUGUACUCUGUAAAAUAUUGAAAACUAACAUAAUAUGUUGAGGUUGCUUGAAGAUGUAUAUAAAACUAAAAUUUUCUGAAUUGUGUGUUUAUGUUUGAAAUCUGUGUUUUAACUUUGUAAGUAAAUUCUCUGCCUUUGUAUUUAUAUUUUACAAAAAUUUUCUUAAAAGGCAAUAAAACUGUUGAGGAAAGGAGAAA